AUGCCGCACUUGUUCCGCUCGGCUGCAGCACUUCCGCUCGGCAUCCGGAACUUCCGGACUCUCCCAAGCGGCUCUUCCAGUCCCCUCGAAUCCCCCCAAAGGACCUUCAGAUGCCCCACUCACAAGAAAACUCUCCACCAAGGGACCCCCCUAAAGAGCCCCCUUUAUGGAAUGCUCUCAGUGACCCUUCAUGUUCCCACCUCCCCCCAGCUCCCCCAGGGCCUCCCGCCCUUCACUCCUCCCCUGACAGCGGAGUUGGAGCAGCGCUUCCUGCAGACCCCCUCCUGGCUGCCCCCCCACCAACAUGAACGGGCUCAGAGGCGCUGGACGCGGGUGCCCACCCCCCGCGCACUGUUUGUGUUGGAGCCGACGCCGGUGCACAGCAGCGUGCGGGCACUGCGGGACCCUGGCACGGGGGCUCUGCAGGGCUUUGUUGAGGAGCUGCAUGAGGACGCGGGGCUCCCCUCUCCCCCAGACACCGGUGACGUCCCCCAGUGGGAAGGUGGUUUGGAGGAACCCCCCCUGGAGUUGCUCCACACCCAGGGGCCAAAUGAAGAGGAUUUGGACCUUGAAAAUGAUUUACUGACCACCCCCCCCGGGCUGAAACGUGGUGUUGAGUUUCAGGCCAGAGCCCCCGGAGCCCGGGGGGGGGCACCAUCACUCUGUAGUGUUUUGGGGGCGUUGGAUUCCUUGGAGUUGGGGGGGACGGAAGAAGAGGAGAAAAAAGAGGGGGAGGGUGCUGGGGGGGGUGCCCCCUCUCAGCAGCCCGCUGACAAAGGAGGGCAGCCUUCCCCCACACCCCCCCUGCGCCGUGCCGACAGCCUGGAGGAGCUGGUGAUGGGGGAGGUGCUGGUGCCCCCCACCACAGCCACCCCCCCUGUGCCCCCGCAAAGCGAGGAGGAGGAGUGGGCCGUGGAGGAGGACUGCAGCGUCCCCGUGGAGGACUUUGAGGAGAAGAUCCCAGAUCCAGCAUUCAAGUGGCCGUUCCGCCCUGACGCCUUCCAGCAGCGCGCGGCGCUGUGCCUGGAGCGGGGGCAGUCGCUGCUGGUGGCUGCUCACACCUCUGCUGGCAAAACUGCCGUGGCCGAAUACGCCAUCGCCUUGGCACGGCGACACAUGACACGGGCCAUCUACACGUCGCCCAUCAAGGCGCUCUCCAAUCAGAAGUUCCGUGACUUCAGGGCCACCUUUGGGGACGUGGGGCUGCUGACAGGGGACGUGCAGCUGCGUCCCGACGCCUCCUGCCUCAUCAUGACCACUGAGAUCCUGCGCUCAAUGCUGUACAACGGCUCUGAGGUGCUCCGUGAGCUGGAGUGGGUCAUCUUCGACGAGGUGCACUACAUCAACGACGCUGAGCGCGGCGUGGUGUGGGAGGAGACGCUGAUCCUGCUGCCUGAGCACGUGGGGCUGGUGCUGCUCAGUGCCACCAUCCCCAAUGCCCUUGAGUUCGCCCAGUGGGUCGGCCGCACGAAGCGGCGCCGCCUGCGGGUGCUGAGCACUCGGCAGCGCCCGGUGCCCCUCGAGCAUUUCCUCUACACCGGCGGCGGCGGAGCCCCCUCACCCCGCGAUCUCUUCCUGCUGCUGGAUGCGCGGGGUGCCUUCAGCACCCAGGGGUACUACGCCGCAGUGGAGGCGCAGAAGCAGCGGGCGAGCAAACACGCGCAGAGCUUUGGAGCCAAACAGCCCCAUGGGGGAGGCAGCGGCCCCGGGCAGGACCGUGCCAUGUGGCACUCGCUGGUGGCGCUGCUGCAGGCGCAGGGGCAGCUCCCGGCCGUGGCCUUCACCUUCUCCCGCGGGCGCUGCGAUGCACACGCAGCCGCCCUGGGCCGCAUUGACCUCAGCUCAGCCGCCGAGAAGGGACGCGUGCGGGGUUAUUGGGGGGUCGUGAAGGACCCCCCCAGCCCCGAGCUGCUCUCAGCCCUGCAGGAGCUGCUGCGCAUGGCAGGGGCGGCUGCGGGGGGGCUGCCCCUGCUGGACCCAGUGGGAGCCCUGCAGCUGCGGGACCCCCCUGCCGUGGAGGCAGCUGCCCGUGCCCGAAGCCUGGGGGCGGCCCUGGGGGGGUUUCGCUGUGUGCACGGCCCCCGCUUUCCCCAGCUGUACUCGCAGUUCGCUGCGCGGCGCCGGCUGCAGGCACAGGUGGAGCAGCUCCAGUACCAGCUGUCCGACCGCUCCCUGCUGCUGCUGCCCGAGUACCGGCAGCGCCUGGGCGUGCUGCAGGCUCUGGGCUACGUGGCCGACGGCGGUGCGGUGCAGCUCCCCGGGCGCGUGGCGGCGCUGCUGAGCUGCCACGAGCUGCUGCUGACCGAGCUGCUGCUGGGCAACGUGCUGAGCCCGCUGCGCCCCGAGGAGGUGGCCGCGCUGCUGUCCUGCACCGUGCACCCGGGCCGGGGCGAGCCGCCCCCAAAACUGCCUCCCAACCUGCAGCGGGGCAUGGAGCAGAUCCGCGCCGUGGCCGAGCGCGUGGGGCGGCUGCAGGAGGAGUGGGGGCUGCCCCAGAGCGCCGAGGACUACGUGGGGCAGUUCGGCUUCGGGCUGGCCGAGGUGGUGUACGAGUGGGCGCGCGGCAUGCCCUUCGCCGCUCUGGCCGCCCUGGCUCCGCUGCAGGAGGGCGCGGUGGUUCGCUGCAUUCAGCGCCUGGAGGAGCUGUGCCGGGAGCUGCGCCGCGCCGCGCGCAUGUUGGGCGACCCGGGGCUGGCGGCCACCAUGGAGGCGGCGAGCGGCUGCAUCAAACGGGACAUCGUCUUCGCCGCGAGUCUCUACAUUCAAUAAAGGCCGCGGGAUCCGC